AUGAGCUUCUUCGGCUUUGGCCAGAGCGUGGAGGUGGAGAUCUUGCUGAGCGAUGCGGAGAGUAGGAAGCGGGCCGAGCAUAAGACGGAGGAUGGCAAGAAGGAGAAGUAUUUCCUCUUCUACGAUGGGGAGACGGUCUCCGGGAAGGUGAGCCUCAUGCUCAAGAACCCCAAUAAGCGUCUGGAACACCAAGGCAUUAAGAUCGAAUUCAUCGGGCAAAUCGAACUCUACUAUGACCGUGGGAACCAUCACGAGUUUGUGUCCCUGGUGAAGGAUCUGGCCCGGCCUGGAGAGAUUACCCAGUCACAGGCCUUUGACUUUGAAUUCACACACGUGGAAAAGCCGUAUGAAUCUUACACGGGGCAGAACGUGAAGCUACGGUAUUUCCUCCGAGCCACCAUCAGCCGCCGCCUCAAUGAUGUUGUCAAAGAGAUGGAUAUUGUUGUUCAUACACUUAGCACAUACCCAGAGCUAAACUCCUCCAUCAAGAUGGAAGUUGGGAUUGAGGACUGUCUACACAUUGAGUUUGAAUACAACAAAUCAAAAUACCACUUGAAAGAUGUCAUUGUCGGGAAGAUAUACUUCCUUCUAGUGAGAAUCAAGAUUAAACACAUGGAAAUCGACAUCAUUAAACGAGAAACAACUGGGACAGGCCCUAACGUUUACCACGAGAAUGACACCAUUGCCAAGUACGAGAUCAUGGAUGGGGCUCCUGUUAGAGGUGAGUCCAUCCCGAUCCGGCUCUUCCUGGCAGGCUAUGAGCUCACCCCCACCAUGCGGGACAUCAACAAGAAGUUCUCCGUGCGUUAUUACCUCAACCUGGUGCUGAUUGAUGAGGAAGAACGGCGCUACUUCAAACAGCAGGAAGUGGUAUUGUGGAGGAAAGGUGACAUCGUGCGCAAGAGUAUGUCCCACCAGGCAGCCAUCGCCUCUCAACGCUUCGAAGGCACAGCCUCGCUGGGUGAGGUGCGGACCCCGAACCAGCUGUCUGACAACAAUAGCAGGCAGUGAGGCCUGAGCCGCACCACUGCUGAGCUUCUGCCCCGGCACCCUCAUCUGACAGGCGCCGGUGGCUGGGGUGGAGGAGGUGUGCUGCUCAGCUGACCCAUUACUUGCAACCUGAAAAAAAAAAUUAUGUUUAUGACUU